AUGAGGAGAAGCUGCUGGCAGGCACGGGCAGCAACGGGCGGCAACGGGCAGCACAAGCACGGGCAGCAACGGGCAGCAACGGGCAGCACAGGCACGGGCAGCAACUGGCAGCAACAGGCAGCACAGGCACGGGCAGCAACGGGCGGCAACGGGCAGCACAGGCACGGGCAGCAACGGGCGGCAACAGGUAGCACAGGCACGGGCGGCAACAGGCAGCACAUGCACGGGCAGCAACAGGCAGCACAGGCACGGGCAGCAACGGGCGGCAACAGGCAGCACAGGCACGGGCAGCAACGGGCGGCAACGGGCAGCACAGACACAGGCAGCAACGGGCAGCACAGGCACGGGCAGCAACAGGCAGCAACGGGCAGCACAGGCACAGGCAGCAACGGGCGGCAACAGGCAGCACAGGCACGGGCAGCAACAGGCAGCACAGGCACGGGCAGCAACGGGCGGCAACAGGCAGCACAGGCACGGGCAGCAACGGGCGGCAACGGGCAGCACAGGCACGGGCAGCAACGGGCGGCAACGGGCAGCACAGGCACGGGCAGCAACGGGCGGCAACGGGCAGCACAGGCUCGGGCAGCAGCAGGCAGCAGCGGGCAGCACAGGCACAUGCAGCAACGGGCGGCAACAGGCAGCACAGGCACGGGCAGCGACAGGCAGCACAGGCACGGGCAGCAACAGGCGGCAACAGGCAGCACAGGUACGGGCAGCAACAGGCAGCAACGGGCAGCACAGGCACGGGAAGCAACAGGCACCAACGGGCCAGCAUAG